CACGUGCCCACCAUCAGGCCUGGCCAGGCACACAUCUUGUCUUCAAUGAGGUCCGCGACCAGGGCCGUUCGCAGCACCGGCGGCCGACUCCCGCUCUUCCAAGCCAUGACCGAAGUAGCUGAUUUUGCCAAUGAUAUAUGACGGCCAAUGCGGCAUGGAAGAACCACAGCCUCAUCUUCGUGGGCCGACUCCACCUCGUCGCCGGCCUUGCCAGACUGUGGCGGCGGCCAAUAUGAGGCCUGCUACCUCUUCAGAGGAGUUGAGAAAGAGAAAUUCAACGAGACGGACCGUGCUUCAAACCUUGGCGCGGUUUCUUCGCCCCACCGGACAUCAGUCGCGGCAGGGGAAUGCGGCGUCCACGCGACCCCGGCACCGAAGCAAGAAGUCCAACUGCGCCUCCGAUGAGCAAGGUUGCUCACAGGUCUCUGGGCGGCACGAGGCUCAACAAGGCAGCCAGCUGGGUGUCCGUUUACCAGCCAUUCUCAUUUCUCCCCAACACGAUGGUCUCUGACAUAGGCCAUGCCAGGUCGCGCACCUGGGAAAGUUCGCCCACGAGAAAGAGAUGCCACAGUGGCUCGCCAAGGCCUUGGUGAAGAAUGGCUACGUUUCUGCUCACGACAUGAUCCCAGUACUGGCGCAGCUUUUGGAGCAUUCAUCAGGAACCGUUCGUGCCUACCUGUGCCAUCCUUGCGUACAGCACAUCUCAAAACUACGACGUGAAGGCGGGUUCUGUGGCUAUCGAAACAUUCAGAUGCUUAUAUCCUACAUUAUUGGCGCAAAGGCCUUCGGUGCCGAGGUCUUUGGCAACCGAGUCCCGUCCGUCUUUGACAUACAAGACCUCAUCGAGGCCGCGUGGGACAUGGGUCACAACCCCCAGGGGCGCAUUGAAACGGGCGGCAUCAAAGGGACGCGAAAAUUCAUUGGCACGUCAGAGGCGCAAGCCCUCUUCAACAGCCUUCAGAUCCCCUCGCCCGUGCAGUCCUUCCGAGACUCAGAAGAUGGGGCCGCAGCAAGCAAAUUGCUGCAGGCCAUAGACCAUUACUUUAAAGCGGGAUGUGGCGGGAAUGAUGAGUCGAAGAAGGUUCAAACCACCAGCCUUCCGCCAGUGUAUCUACAGCAUCAAGGCCAUUCUCUCACCGUCGUCGGCAUUGAGGAACGAAAAGACGGCCGGCUUAACCUUCUCGUGUUCGACCCAUCCUGCCGGGACUCGGCCGUUUUGAAGAGACACGUCGGCCGGCGUGUUUGCAAAGAUAUGGCUGGAGCGGGGGAUCUUGCGGAGCCCUACCGACGAGGGGCAAAAUAUUUGAUCAAGCAGAAGGAGUUUGAGAUUCUCUGCCUCAGCUCCAAGACACGGACGUCGGCAUCGGAGACAUUGUGAUUUACCUGCCAUCGGAGUGCUUCUCGAACCAUUCCUGCAUCUUCUUCAGGGCACGGCCUCGAUGCGAUACGGCGUUUUUCUGUGCACCGUCCAUCUCGGCAAACCUGUGUGCCCAGCUGCGUUAGAAAAGCACUGCCGAGUCAUACACCGAUGCAAGCGGAGGCCGACCACGGGGACUAUUUUGUACUUACGUUUGGCCCUCGUACUCGAAGACGGGAUCCCACCCUGGGAGAGGCGGAAUUUAGUACCGACUCUUGCGCAUAUCUCCUCGGCAAGAAGGAUUCGCUAGCUUACCAAAAUGAGGUGGCCCUCGGGGGGGUACGAUUUUACCCUUUGUAUCGAGUCUGUCAGCUGGGCUGGAAUCGACUAAUGUCGUUCAGGCUGCACCUACCGGGCAGCGCCCUUGGAAAAGGACAGGCUUGUGUCCGGGGCCAGCGGAAUAGCCAAACGUGCAGACGGCCUCUGCCGACUUAUCUGGAUAGGCUGCGAGCAGGUUGUUCAGCCCUUGGUGGCCA